AUAUGAGGAGCGAUUUCACGCGACAGGAUCAGUAGCUCAGCAAACUUUGAGCAUCGGGAGUGUGCAAGAAGUAGAAGGACAGCUAAAGAAUAGGAAAUCUUGUAUAACCAUACAAACUAACUCAUUAAUAUCAACUUGGGACCUUGGAAAUUCUGUCAUCACGUCAAGGUGACGAGAAAGAAAACAGGCCAGAAUGAUGACCAAACCUUACGGUAAAGCAGGUGAUGUCAGCCAGCUAGUGAGUUCAUUGGGCUGGAUGGAUGAAGACCUGAGCUCCCAGGAUGGGGAAGUGGCCCCGCCGAUGAGCCACUACAAGCUGACCAGGAUUGCCCUCGGUGUCAGGGAGGUGGACAACAAAGACAUAGAGGAAGAGGAGCUGGAGGAAGAUGAGAAUCAGGGAGGGGAAAAGGUGCCCAAGCGUAGGGGGCCAAAGAAGAAGAAGAUGACGAAGGCCCGACAAGAACGGUUCCGGGCUCGCCGAGUGAAAGCCAACGCCCGUGAGCGAUCGCGCAUGCACGGCCUAAACGACGCUCUGGACAGCCUUCGUCGUGUCAUGCCCUGCUACUCCAAAACCCAGAAGCUCUCGAAAAUCGAGACCUUACGACUGGCGCGCAACUACAUCUGGGCCCUGUCAGAGGUUCUGGAGGGUGGACAGUCACCCGAGAGUCGCGGCUUCAUGGAGAUGCUCUGCAAUGGCUUAUCUCAGCCAACUAGCAACCUGGUGGCUGGCUGUUUACAGCUUGGACCAGCCCCAGGGAUGGUGGACAGGCUGGAGGAGAAGUGUGGAGGGCCUGGGGGGGCUGGUGUGCUAGAGCAGCCAGAACACCCCUUCAGCUACACCUCUCCAGGCCUGCCCAGCCCUCCCUAUGGUUCCUUGGAGGCCACUCACCUCUUGCACCUGAAGGGUUUCAAGGCAGUGACCUAUGAGAAGGUCUCCUCUCACGAGUGUAGUAGUGCAACACCCCCCUACGAUGGGCCCCUCACUCCCCCCCUCAGCAUCAGCGGCAAUUUUUCACUGAAACAGGAACCCUCAUCACAUGAGGCGGAAAGGAACUAUACCUCAAACUACCCCACCUCCCAGCACUACCCAGUCGCCACUGCACUAGCUGGGCCUGAUGGUCAUGCUGUUUUUCAGGUGUCCCGCUAUGACCUACCCCUGGAUUCCUUCGCCUCAACUUACAUGGUUACCUCACAGAUGACUGCCCUUUAUAAUGAGUGAAAGAGGAGAGAAUGGGGACAAACUCCACAUAGUCCACCAGCCCCUCGUCCUUCCUGCUGGUCUUCAGAGAGCCAAACUUCCAAGACUGUGUAGAGACAUUGUGUUGCAUUUACACUCAACCACUCCCCAGUCCUUCCACCCAAGCCUAGCUGCUGGAGUGACUGGAAAAGAAUAGCCUCAUUUCCUUUAUAAAUUAGUUUAUGAGUAUAAUAACUUUUAUUGAAAUUGUUAAAUUCAAUAUUACUUGGUGUUUUUAUGAAGAGGUAAAUGGCUCUUCUUAUAUUUCACUAGCCACAGGAGGAAUGGUCCUUCUGAUUGGACCGGCAAAUAUCCACAGCUUCCCAAUAAUCCCUAUAAGCACAGUACAUAAGGCUUCUGUCCCACACAGGGCUUACUGCCCCAAGACUCACAUACACAUCUUGUGGAUAAAAUGUUUUUCUUUCUCCAGGAGUGAAGAACAAGACAAAAAUUGUAUGCACACGGUCAAUAAUUAAACUUAUUACCGCACAUCAUAUCUGAUUUUUUUUAUUUUACUUGGAGUGGUAGAUAUUUAACCCAAAAUAAGCCUCGAACCCCAACAAUGCUAAAUAUAACAUAAUAUAUCUAUAUCAAACAUGAUCGUUUCAGAAUACUGAAUAUGGUCAUUUAAAGAUUCAUUUAUUUAUAACUGUAUUUAAUAUUUAUUUUGAUUUCUGUUGUUUUUGUCACUGUUUCUCAGUAUACACUGUUUAAUGCCAUUACACUGUCAGUAACUGGCAGGUUUUAAUAUUAUUGUAAUUAAUAUAUUUCAGGUCAUUAUUGUCACUUUUCUGUUGUCUGUUCCCCGAUCUGUGUCAUCUGAUUUACUUUUAAAGAUGUAAAUAUUUUUUUGGCUCGCACUUAAAUAAAUGUAGUAAUAUGUUAUUUUGCAGACAAUGCUGAAAAUGGGUACUUUGAACUAGAAACCCAUGGAAUAUUUGAUAUUUCAGUUUAUUCUUAAGAAGGUUUAAUGGAGAUCUGUAUGGUCUUGCUUCUAACACAUUUAAAAGCAGGAAAAUACUUUUAGGUCAGGACUGAACAUGCUUUUGAAAAAUGCGAGUGGUUCAUACCCACAGCUAACCUCAUACUCUCAAUACUGAAAUCUGUUCUUCCAACCGUUUAUCCUGGUCAGGUCACAGGGGGGCUGGAGUCUGUCCCAGGCAGCACAGGGCACCCCAUGGAUGGGAUUCCAGUCCAUGGCUGCAAAAAUGAUAAUGGGAGGGUAACAGAGAUAGAUGCCUUGGAGCACUUGGGCUGUAUUAGUUGCAAAUAUAUGUAAGUGCCAUAUUCCAGGCUGUAAUAUCCAUUCAGAGCAAUAACUCUAUCUAUGCAAGAGAAUUUUUCUGACAGUAUUACAGAAAUCAAUGUUAUUUUCCUUUUUAAGUAAUAGAAAGACCUCUUUCUUAGUUUCUCUUUCUAAAUGAUAUAUCUAAAAACUGAGAGCUUGAUGUGAACGUCUGGCUUUUUGUACAAACGAAAAUAUCUUUUUUUUAAAGGAAGAAAAAAAAUU